AUGUCGGUAUCACCACCUCUGGAUGACGUUGAUAACCGUCCCAAGAUCGAGGCCUUCGUCGUCCAGAGGAACGUGGAGCUCGCCGCGUUUGGAGUGGACCUCUCCCUCGUUCUUGUCGCACUCGUUGGUGGAGACCAGCCAGCCGUCACGCCGGAGGAGUUCCAAGCACACCUUUCCUCGAGGUUCCGUGUGUCUGUGGGCGUGGUCGGGGUCUGUGCUUGGCUUGGGGGCCACUUUGCAUGCGUGUGCCAGCUAGAUGGCUACUCUAGCGUCGCUAUGCAGGAAGGUUCAGCGCUGGGACUUCGAUCCCAUGCUGGUUGGGGUGGAGGCAUGUCUGACCAAAAGGCCACAUUAGGCAAGUCCCAUGAGCCAGGCCGUGUCGGAGGUGGCCAAGGCGGUGGACCUGUGCCUUUUAGGCCUAGACGAGUAGGAGCAGACAGAGGCGGCCCAGCCACACCGGCUGUUGAUGGCAGUGCGCCUGAGGACUUCAUCGCUGCAUUCAAGAAGCCGCUCAUGAUGCCUGUCUUGUCGUCGCCUCCACGACUGUGGCUAACUCGGGCGGCAAGAGCGCGAGCGGGGGAGCUAGACGACUCGGAGCUCGUCCCCAAGAGGAGCGCUAGGCUUGCCGCCAAGAGCAGGCACAGGAACAGAAGCCGGAGGCUCAAGAGCGGAAGGGUUGAGCAUCACUGGGAGUGGAAGAAAGGAAUCAUGUUCAGGAGAAAGCAUGCUUCUCAUUUCAACUCAAAUGAUGCUGAGCAGCAAGAAGCAAAGAUAAAUGAAUUAAAAUCUGCACUUGGCCCUUUGUCUGCCCAUGGCGAGUACUGCAGUGACACAUGUUUGAGAAGAUAUCUUGAAGCCCGGAACUGGAAUGUUACUAAGUCGAGAAAAAUGCUUGAAGAAAGUCUCAAAUGGAGGGCAACUUAUAAGCCGGAGGAUAUUCGCUGGCCUGAUGUUUCUGCUGAAGCGGAAACUGGAAAAAUGUACAAGGCAAGUUUUCGAGAUAGAGAGGGGAGAACCGUAAUUAUUAUGAGGCCUACAAAGGAGAAUUCAACGUCCCAUGACGGUAAGAUCCAGUUUCUUGUAUAUGUUUUGGAGAACGCAAUCCUGGGCCAACAUGAUGGUCAAGAGAAAAUGGUAUGGCUGAUAGACUUCACAGGAUGGACAAUGGCCCAUGCCACACCCAUAAAGACUGCAAGAGAAUGUACAAGCGUCCUGCAAAAUCAUUACCCUGAGAGGCUGGCCAUUGCAUUUCUGUUUAAUCCUCCAAAAGUAUUUGAAGCCUUUUACAAGGCUGUCAAAUAUUUCCUUGACCCGAGUUCGAUUGAGAAACUGAACUUCGUGUACCUGAAGGAUGAGGAGAGCAUGAAGGUCCUGUACAAAUGCAUUGAUCCCGAGGUCCUUCCUGUCGAGUUCGGGGGAAAGAACAGUGUUGUGUACAACCAUGAGGAGUACUCCAAGUUGAUGCUGCAAGAAGAUAUCGAAACAUCAAGCUUCUGGGAAGAUGACGCGAAAACUGUUGACCAUACUGUCAAUGGGAACUUGGUUCCUGAUGUUGCACCUCAGUCGCCGCUGCUUGCUGCUAAAGCCAGUUGA